AUGGAGUGUAACAAGGACGAAGCUAGAAGAGCGAUUGAUAUCGCCGAGAAGAAAAUCUCAGCGAGUGAUUACGAUGGGGCUAAGAAAUUCGUGAACAAGGCGGAGCGUCUGUAUCCGCAACUUGAAGGUUUGAAACAAGUGUUGAUGACCAUCGAUGUUUAUAUCUCUGCGUCAAACAAAAUCAACGGAGAAUCUGAUUGGUAUGGAGUUCUCGGUGUAGAUCCUAUGGCUGAUGAUGAAGCUGUGAAGAAACGUUACAAGAAGUUAGCUCUUUUGCUUCAUCCGGACAAGAACAGGUUUAACGGUGCCGAAGGCGCGUUUAAACUGGUUUUACAAGCUUGUGAUUUGUUAUCUGAUAAGGUUAAGAGAAGCGUGUAUGACCAAAAAAGGAAAUCGAAACAAGUUAACCAGAAAACACCGAAGCCACGCGAGCCUGAGCGUCAUCAGCCUGAGUCUUCGCAGAAACAGAAAACACCGAAGCCACGCGAGCCUGUUUCUUCGCAGAAACAGAAGGAUGCACAAGAAAAAUUAAAUAGAUAUUUUGAGGAACAGAAGAAAAAACGUGAAGCAGAGAGACUUUCCAAGAAUCAGGAGAAAAGAGACUCCACUACUUUUGAAGCAGAGAGGCCUUACAAGAAGCCGAUGACAAGUGGAGAUGCAAACUCUACUUUUGAAGCAGAGAGGCUUUUCAAAGGAGGAAACGCAAACUCUACUUUUGAAGCAGAGAGGCUAUUCAAAAGAGGAAACGCAAACUCUACUUUUGAAGCAGAGAGGCUAUUCAAGAAGCCGAUGAAAACAGGGAAUGUUAAGAGAAGCGUGUAUGACCAAAAAAGGAAAUCGAAACAAGUUAACCAGAAAACACCGAAGCCACGCGAGCCUGAGCGUCAUCAGCCUGAGUCUUCGCAGAAACAGAAAACACCGAAGCCACGCGAGCCUGUUUCUUCGCAGAAACAGAAGGAUGCACAAGAAAAAUUAAAUAGAUAUUUUGAGGAACAGAAGAAAAAACGUGAAGCAGAGAGACUUUCCAAGAAUCAGGAGAAAAGAGACUCCACUACUUUUGAAGCAGAGAGGCCUUACAAGAAGCCGAUGACAAGUGGAGAUGCAAACUCUACUUUUGAAGCAGAGAGGCUUUUCAAAGGAGGAAACGCAAACUCUACUUUUGAAGCAGAGAGGCUAUUCAAAAGAGGAAACGCAAACUCUACUUUUGAAGCAGAGAGGCUAUUCAAGAAGCCGAUGAAAACAGGGAAUGCAUACUCUACUUUUGAAGCAGAGUGGCUUUUCAAUAAGCUGAUGGCAACAAGAGACCCCAACUCUACUUAUGAAGCUCAGAGGCUUUUCAGAUGCCGAUGA